AGUGAUUUCUUUAUGCUAAAUCACAUAAAUCUUCCAGGCCUGUCAUAAUACAAAAUUCCUGUACAGAAUGACAAAUUGAUCAAUCCGGCCUUAAUUAAGCGCCGGUUAUUCUUGUCGGCAUGGACCGUUAACGUAUCGUAAACUUUCGCAACAUGAAAAAAUACUGGAUCCAUUAUUUGAGCGCCAAGAAAAAUCGUCGCGCUAAUCAGAGAAGUUUACCUUUUGGAGACUCUAGAAAUAUUUUUACAAGAAUCACCUAAUAUUAACAACAAUCAACGAUGGCGAGCCGAAAAUUACGAAUUCAACCUGGUCUGACAAAGACGCAGGCACUACGACAGGCAAGGAGUGCCACUAUAGUGAAAGAGUAUGAACAGAAGGAAACAGGACGACAACCACAGCCGGCCUUGAUAGAUCCUACCAGAAGGCGGCAAUAUACUCCAGCCGAGCCAAGAAGAGUCGAUUUUGCCAGACCAACUAUGACAAAGGCGAUGAUGGCCCGAGUAAAGCAUGCGGAAAAGUUCAAGCAAGAAUUUGAACGUAAACGAGAAGAAUCCAUGCCACGAAGGAGGCCAAGAAGGACUGCUGCACCGAUCGGUGGUGAUCCUAGAUUUGGUAGAGAGAGACUACCACCUACCAGACGCGCUCCAACAGUGUCCCCGCCGAUUUCGCCUCCUAGACCAGUGAGAAGGCCAGAAAGACGAAUGAUAUCAGAGAGAAGAGCGCCGGAACCGCUUCCGGUUAUCCCAGAGAGAACCAGAGAUUUAGCGAGAUCUAUGAAUGCUCAGGUCAUCCAAGCCGAGCCGGUAGGCGAGGGCCCAAUUGAUAGCAUCGUGAUACCCCCGAGAUCGGUGAACGAGAAUCGUACCACUAUCGUCAGCAUCCCUCAACCACCUGCGGUCGGCGUUGAGGCGGCGACAUCUGAAGUGGCGAAUCGCUCGAUUCAAGUGAUCAGUGAGACUCUCGAUGAGCAAGAUGCUGCUGAAGCGGUCACAGUGCAGGGCAAGUUGGAGGACUUGCAGCAAGCGAGACGAGACUUUGUGAUGUCUGUAGCGAAUGUCGGCGGUAACGCCGUAAGACUCACAGAGGAAGAAAGACCUAGAUACAUUUACAAAGUUCCUGACAUCGAGAGCGAGAUGUUCCGUGUCGAAUACGGUCGAGAACAUCCAUCUGUCGUGGCGGCACGCGAAUUCGCCCAAAGGAGCAUGGCCGGAAUCAGAGCACGUGAGGCAGCUCGCCGAACCAAACGGGAAUUCGAGAGGCUAGCUCAGGAGCCGUUACCGGAGGAUCUGCGCUUUGAUGUGCCGUUCGAGGAGGAGUUCUUACGUGAGGGCGAUAUAUCUUGGGAAGAGGAAGAGGACGUGCCAAUUGUGUCCAGAAUAAAAGCCACGAUGCGCGACGUACCAAGACGCGAGGCACCUUAUGAGUAUCCCACAUUCGAUCCAGAGGAACUGGAGAGAUUCUUCGAUGUGGAACAGUAUCCACUAAGUCCACCACGUGGACCACCACCAGGUCGCGAGCACCUGCCGCCGGAUCUUUGGGAGCUGGAAGAUCCUUGGGCGACGUGCGGCAUCUGUCCACAUCCAGACGUAUCCGAUCUUAUUCGCUUCGAGAGCCCUUAGUUUUUUGUCUACCGUGAUCUGGUAGACUUAUUUCCGUUUUCAAAAUUGAUCCAGGAUAUUCUAGAAAAAAGUACACUCGAUUUGAAAUAAGUGCGUACUUAAUGAGGGGAUCCAAUGAAGAAAAUAAGUCGAUAAAUUGAACGUUUAAACGUUUGUGGAAACAGAAGGAAUCAUCAUUUAUCAUCAAUAU